GGCUCAUUGUAAUGUAUCUCCAUUGCUAUUGACAGUUGACACAUAUACAGCGUAUAACUAUCCCAGUGGCAGCUAUAUUCUUCUCUCGUAUUUGGUUAAGCAUGGCCAAGAGCCUCCGACAUUACCUUUCUGAAGGCUGCCGACCCAGUAGUAUGAGGCCAACACGGGUCCUUUAAAGGCACCUACCCGUGGAGCUCUUGCCAAACAUGACGGAGGCAGUGGUGUGCCUGCCAUGUACAUGCGUGUCAUGAGUAUUGCUGCACUCCAUCUGAUCGUCUUUAUGAGACAAUCCAACGUGAUUAUUCUGGCUCAUUCCGCUUGCGAUCGAGAUAUCACAUAGCUUGAAAAAGUAUAGGUCAGACUCCACGUUUUGCUACUGGCAGCAAGUUGAUUCUCGUCUGAGAUAGCGACACAAUCGAGUCGAUGUCUAGAUAUCUUAUCUGACAUCUUGUUGUCCACAGCCUCUCCUACUAUCAACUAUCACCAUGCCUAAACUUUCGCCGCUGAUCGUCUCGGUACUAUCGAUUUUCGUUUUGGUCGGACUGGUCUCUGCCACUGUCCUCCCCCGGAAUAUCAGAUGCGAAAUUACCGCACCUUACUGUGAAGAUAAGACCGGCCAUUUGAUUACUACUCUGCGCCGUGACGUUCAUGGCGACUACGACGCCGAUGUUGAAGAUCUGAGCGAUUCCGCUCAAGAUGAAUUAGCAGCCCCUCUUUGCAACGACAAUUCCCAAUGCAACCUUGGCCAAAUCUGCAACCAGGGUUUCUGUGUCGCAGGUUGUAAGUCCAAUGUGGACUGUUCUCGCUUUCACACCUGUUCCAAAGGGUCGUGCACAGAUAGCCGUGGUAGCAGAUGCGCCCCAAACAGGAGCAGAUGUUCUCUCAGCGCCGAAUGCUGCUCCGGACGAUGCAAGCGCUGGGGCGGUUUCGUGGGAAGAAGAAGGUGCAGGGGCUUUAGAGAUGUGUGAGGUUAAUAGCCUGGCUGCUUCUAUUGAAGCCUUAUGUGGGCGGACUGGUGGCUGGAGGGAAACGAAGUAUUGUCUACCAGUUGUGGCGCUGAAUGAAUUGCCUCUCUUGGGCACAAAGGCAACCACUAUCGCCUCACCUAUUGCAUGGAUCAUGUAUUAGUAUCAGAGCGGAGAGGAAUGAAGGACGCAUCUUUAGACAACAUGAUAACUUCAUUAGUAGAUUUGUCGAUUGUAGUAAACCAGUCAGUUACCGUGGGUUAGUCGUAGCUACACAUUGAUACCUUACUGGUAUGUAUUCGUAAUGUCACAGACUCACACCCAUUGGAGGAGUAGUUAAUAUAAUGAUAUAUUCUCUGAAUGGAACUGUGUCCAGUGCAAAAGAUUGCAGUUUGCUCUUGAAAUGAGC